AUGAUCUCGAAAACCAGAACUCGGCUUUCCGUUCUGUAGUGCGGCAUGUUAUCGAGGUUUUGAGAUAAAAAUCGAAGCUUUGGUCGCUCAGAUGAUGCGUGUCGACGGAUGCCUGUAAAAGUGUCGUCAACUCCUCUCAUGCCCAAACGGUGUUUGUCAAAAUGUCGCUUCGUCUUGUAAAGCUCAUCAUGCAUCCAUAGACAACAACGUGUUGCUAUGCAUAUUCGAAGACCAUUUGUGGCAAUUGAGAGAUUGAGAUUAAAAGAUUGAAACAUCGAGUAAUGAUAAAUAAAAAUCGAGAAUUUUAAGUAUUUUUUUAUACAAGGAAAAUAUAUAUAUUUAUAUAUUUUAAGUGACGAGAAAUUCGAAUCACAUAUAGUACCUAUAAAGAUAUUGACAUUGGAAUCGUAUUAAUUUAGUUGACUUAAAAAAGUCAAGACGGGCGAGGCUCAAAUGGAUCCAACAAAGAUCUGCUGCAAGAUCUUCUUGUGCCUUUGUUGGAUCUUCGUCUCUUCUAUGGCAUGACUGGUUUCACUUCUCCGGACAUGAUUUGAUUAGACCUCAGAAGAACAUUCGGUUGAUGUCACGGCCACUGAGGAAUCCUUACGGAUUCUUCCCCGAUAAAUACCCGUCUUGGUCACCCGCUCUUCUUCCUGCCGCCAUGGCUUCCUCUCUCUCAAACCACUACUCUUCCCUCCUAAAGCUCUGGUCCCAAACCCAAGACCGAUCGCACCUCAAGAAGCUUCACUGCUUGAUCCUGAAGACUCUCAGCCUCUCGGCCGACACCUUCCUGUCCAACACACUCAUCACCUGCUACGCCAAGUCCGACCUUCUCAGCUACGCCCGCAACCUGUUCUACAAAAUUCCCCAUCCGAAUUCCUUCUCAUGGAACGCCAUCCUCUCGGCCUACUCCAAGGCCGGGUGCAUCCCACAAAUGGAAAAAGUGUUCUUCUCGAUGCCUGAAAGGGAUGGCGUGUCGUGGAACUCCCUCAUCUCGGGCUAUGCAGGCCAUGGCUCCCGAGAUAGAGCUGUCGUGGCCUACUGUGCCAUGUUGAGGGAAGGGCGCAUACCCAACCGUAUCACUUUCUCUACCAUGCUUAUACUCUCGUCAGCAUGCUCGUCGGCCAGUUUGGGUCGGCAAGUCCAUUGUCAAAUAAUAAAGUUUGGAUUCGAGUUGUAUGUCUUUGUGGGCAGUCCUCUGGUGGAUAUGUACUCGAAAUCUGGGUUUAUCAGAGAGGCACUGCAGGUCUUCCAAGGUAUGGAGGAGAAGAAUGUUGUUAUGUACAACACUAUGAUGACCGGGCUGCUUCGUUGUGGUAUGGUUGAGGAUUCAAAGAAGUUAUUCCGAGAAAUGGCAGAAAGGGACUCGAUUUCAUGGACGACGAUGGUUACUGGGCUUACAAAGAAUGGAUUGGAGUUGGAAGCCAUUGAUUUGUUUAGGGAAAUGAGAGCAGCAGGUGUCGGUAUCGAUCAGUUUACAUUUGGCAGUAUUCUAACUGCCUGUGGAGGUCUUUCUGCUUUAGAACUAGGGAAGCAGACCCAUGCCUACAUAAGUAGGACUCACUAUGACGACAAUGUUUUUGUAGGGAGUGCUUUGGUCGACAUGUACUCCAAAUGUAGGAGCAUCAGGCACGCAGAAGUGGUUUUUAGGAGGAUGAGAACUAAGAACAUCGUGUCAUGGACAGCGAUGCUUGUGGGCUAUGGUCAGAAUGGAUGUAGUGAGGAAGCUGUCAGGAUUUUUUGUGAAAUGCAAAAACAUGGGGUCGAGCCAGAUGAUUUUGCCCUUGGCAGUGUGAUUAGCUCCUGCGCCAAUCUGGCAAGCUUGGAAGAAGGCACACAGCUUCAUUGUCGAGCAAUAGUUUCAGGGUUGAUUUCAUUCAUUACUGUUUCUAAUGCAAUAGUGACCUUAUAUGGUAAGUGUGGGAUCAUUGAAGACUCACAUAGAUCGUUUGAUGAGAUGCAGACUAGAGACUCGGUCUCAUGGACUGCCUUGGUCUCAGGUUAUGCACAGUUUGGAAAAGCAAAAGAAACGAUCGACUUGUUUGAGAAAAUGUUGAAUGAUGGUGUGAAGCCUGAUGGCAUCACGUUUAUUGGUGUUCUUUCUGCGUGCAGUCGAACAGGGCUGGUGGAGAAAGGAUAUAGCUAUUAUAAUUCCAUGAUACAUGAUCACCAUAUUGUUCCUGUAGCAGAUCACUACACAUGUAUGAUUGAUCUAUUAAGCAGAGCAGGAAGGUUAAAGGAGGCUGAGGAUUUUAUAAAACAGAUGCCUUGUCACCCUGAUGCAAUUGGAUGGGCAACACUGCUGAGCUCAUGCAGAUUCCAUGGUGAAUUGGAGAUUGGGAAAUGGGCAGCUGAGAACUUAAUAGAACUUGAUCCCAAUAACCCAGCAAGCUAUGUGUUGCUCUCAAGUUUGCAUGCAUCCAGAGGAAACUGGGAUGAGGUAGCAAAACUGAGAAGGGGAAUGAGAGAUAAAAAGGUAAAAAAGGAGCCUGGUUGCAGUUGGAUUAAGUACAAGAACAAGGUUCACAUCUUUUCUGCUGAUGAUCAGUCUCACCCCUAUUCAGAGAGAAUAUAUGCUGAACUAGAGAAGCUCAAUGAUAAGAUGAUUGCAGAAGGAUACAAGCCUGACUUGAGCUCUGUCUUGCAUGAUGUAAGUGAGUCGGAGAAGAUUCAUAUGCUUGGCCACCACAGUGAGAAGCUUGCUAUUGCUUUUGGUUUAAUUUUUAUCCCACCAGAACUACCUAUAAGAGUAGUUAAGAACCUCCGUGUUUGUGUGGAUUGCCACAAUGCAACUAAGUUUAUUUCUAAAAUCACUGGUCGGGAUAUUCUUGUAAGAGAUGCCAUCCGCUUCCAUAAAUUUAGUGGAGGAGUUUGUUCAUGUGGUGACUUUUGGUGAGUAGUCGCUAGAUCAUCUUCUUUAGGCACAUCAUUUCUCUGCUCCUGAUGUCAGGACACAGUCAGCUACUUGAACCAGGAAACUCAGUAGCCUACAUAACUUAAGUUUGGAGUUGCUUUAGCCAGUAAGCAAGAUAUCCAGGGGUAUAAUCUUCUUACUUAACUACACUUGUUUGGAGCUGAUAUAUGGUGGAAAUAUCAGCCAGUGGAUGUUUAGUGAAUAUAUUGAGCAACAUGUCUUUGUUCGUCAGCUUGUAGGAUGGAUGAUACCACAGCAACCCUAUAAUGACGGCCUUAUUUGGGCACUGGCAGGGGCAAAGAUUCAUGUAUGUUAUGACCAAAAUCAAUACAGAAAAUUGAGUUGGCAAAUAUGCAAUUAGAUUUUUACCCACAUGAAGGAUAGCAAGAGGUAUAAUAAAACCAUGUGCCCUCACUGACUAGGGAUCUUGCUUUUCGAUGAAGCUAAAUUAAGAUAAGCUGAUUGUGUUUCUGUUAUAGUGGAGAGUGCAGAGACACCAAUUUUUGUGGCCAUAGUUAUAGAUGGAGAUACUGACAAGAUGGACGAUUCUGUAAAUACUCCGACGACUUCUUUUUUUGUAAUUUCAGAAAGCAUUUAAGAGGAAACUUGGUUAUUGAUUGAGCGAAAAAGAAAUCUAGCUUCAAGAGUCAGCUAAUUCUUCAGCUUCUUGUAAUGCAAGAAAGGUAUUCUUUAGUAUGUGCAGGCCUGUGUCAAAGGCUUAGUGGAGUGGCGUGAGCAGGCACAGUGUUUGCCUGUUAUUCAGUUUAAUUUUGAAAAUUUUCAUGAAUCAUUCUUUUGGAAUGGGAAGUGUAGAAAUAAACACGGAGGCAAAUAAAAUCUGGGUUCUUAUGCUGGAAUUGUCUACGGAAGACAUAUUGACUACCUUUCAGCUUGCUAAGAAUAAUUUUGAACUGUUUUCUGUAUAGUGCAGGUGACACCAGCAAUUCUAUAAUUAUAAUUGUUGUUUUUUGAGAAGUGAUGCGGACUUUAAACUACAAUUGCCGGGUUGCAAGUUCUGUGCUUCUUGCUGAACCGCAGCCUCAGUGUUGAAGAAAGCAUUCUACCACCAUCGCAGCAAAUCUCCAAAGAGAAACUUCAGCCUAUCACAUUUCAUUUGUAAUAAGGCAUUUCAUGAGAGACUGUGAUUGAAAUUGACAGGGUUUACUGCUGAAAAUACAAGAUUCAUCACCAUGCAGAAAGGAAAUCAGGAAAGAAUGAUCAGAUAUCAAGAUGUCUUUAUUAAAUUCUAUGAUAUAUUCUUUUUGCUGAUUAUUGGUUUAAGGUGAAACACAUCAAAAAUGGGCAUUAGGAAAUCUAGCGCUUCACUUCCUUAAUAAAGUCAAUGUUCUUUUCCUUGUUGGCAUGACAAGUCUCUUCACCGAAAGCUAAUGAUAGGAGAGGACCACUGUUUGUGGUAAAAACACUCGGUUAAGGUCUUAACAAAGCUCUUCAAGUUAUCAGCACAUUUUGUCAAGGCUCAGAAUUGAAUCCACAAAUGAUUUCAGACAUCAGAAGUUAAUGAGCCAGAUAUUUGUCAUAGGGUGAGGUUAAACAGCUGUUAGUCAGAACUCUGCAAUUGGGUUAUUUAGCUAUAAGCAAGCGUAUCAGUAGCAAACAGCAGAGAAAUACUAUGCAAAUCACUGUAAGAGAAACCAGGGUAUGGAUCCUCAGGAAAACUAGCAUCUGAGUGUAUGAUACAAUAGUUUCUGAAAAUUUAUUGUAUUCAAAUCAUCUUAUCACAAUCAAAGUCAUCAUCUUGGAACUCAAAAAUGGAGAUUGUGGGUGAAGUUGGACAGGGACUUGCAGCCUGCAGACAUGUUCCUCACCAUCAGAAACAAUUAUGGUCAGAACCAAGAUCAGAAAAACUUUGGCUGGGUGGUCCUACAAACUUACAGUGGGCUGUAUCAGCAACUGGCCCAUUGUUUUCCUGUUUCCUACCAGCAUCAAUUAUGCUGCAAUGAUUUCUUGGCAUCUGUUUCAGAGACUGUUGCCCAUAAUUUUGGAUGAGGGAGGCAGCAGAGCUUUUUGUCCCUGUUUGGGACUCUCUCAUCAAGCUUCCACCAGACUCCAUUGGCAGAAAUGUUUGCUACAGGUUUAAAAGGUUGCAGAAGUACAGCAAAUGCUCCCAACAAAGUGAACAGCACAGUGUGACCCUUCAAAAAACAAAGUGAAGAAAUAUAACAUGCAAUCCCUACCAUUGUGCUUCAGCAUUUCUUGAAGAGGUCACCAACAGUAUGAAUUAGAUCAUUAAAGUAAAUGAGUUAGCAGAGGUCAUUUAGCUGAUGAAUGAUCUAUGACCAUAUUACUUGAUGAUAUAUCAUGCUUGUGGUUGAAUGAAGAAUCUUGCUAGUGAAUAAUUUUGUAUUCAAGACUAAUUUCAAAGGAUAUCUACCCAUGCAAAAUUGCCUUAUGUGAAA